GAGUCACCAAGGGGCUUUGUGGAGGAGGAGAGGCAAGCUGCUGAGUAAGCUGGAGGCCUGGAGAGUUUUGCUGGAUUUGGCCACUGGGCCGUGGAGCCCACCAUGCUCUGUCCCUCUCUGAAGGCAUCACUGCAGCUCUUCAUUCUCACUGGUCUGCUGGAUGUAACGUCUGGGGGCAGCAGGCUGCACAUCGAACCUGAAGAUGCUGAGCUCGUCCUUAGGCUUCACAGCACCUUUUCCCUUGUGUGCUAUGGGGACAGAGCGCUAGUCUGGGAGCGGGAUGGUCAGCCUCUCACUGCCUUGCUGGAGCACAGGGAUGGGGUCUUUGUCAGCAACCUCACCCUCAAGAAUGUGACAGGCCGUCACACAGGGGAGUAUGCGUGCUUCUACAGCCCUGACCAGGCUCCAGAGCGAGCAGAGAGGAAAGCCCUUUACAUCUAUGUUCCAGAUCCCUCCUUAGUUUUCCUCCCCGCAAUCACUUCUGAAGAGUUCUUCAUCUUCAUCACGGGCUACACAGAGGCCAUCAUCCCAUGCCGUGUGACCAACCCAGAGCUGCAGGUGACCCUCUAUGAAAAGAAAGUGGAGAAUCCCAUUCCAGCUGCUUAUGACCCACAACAGGGUUUCAAAGGUUUCUUUGAGGACAAGACCUACUACUGCCAGGCAAUCGUGGAUGACCAAGAGGUGGAUUCUGACACCUUCUAUGUCUACAGGAUCCAGGUCUCAUCUGUGAAUGUCUCCAUCAGCGCGGUGCAGACUGUAGUGCGUCAGGGAGAAAAUGUUACCCUGAUGUGCACUGUCAGCGGCAAUGAGCUGGUCAACUUCAACUGGGAUUAUCCACGCAAGCAGGCUGGGAAGGCUGUGGAGCCAGUGACCGACUUCCUGCCUGGAUCCACCCAUGACAUCCGUUCCAUCCUCAUCAUCCAGAAUGCAGAGCUAGAGGACAGUGGGACCUACGUCUGCAAUGUCUCUGAGGGCUACCAUGAGAAAACAGACCGGAAAGACAUCACGGUCCAAGUGAUCGAGCGUGGCUUUGUGCGCUUCCACACCCACCUGGCCAGCACAGUGUAUGCUGAGGUCCACAAGAGCCACAUCAUCCAGGUGGAUGUGGAGGCCUACCCACAGCCGAACAUUGUGUGGCUAAAGAACAACAAGACAUUGACCAUGGAGAGCAGCAGCGAGUUCACCAUCACCAACAGGAACCUGUCAGAAACCAGGUACCAGACGUCUCUGGUCCUGGUGCGGGUGAAGCAGGAGGAAGGAGGAUAUUACACCAUCCGAGCUUCCAAUGAGGACGAUGCACAAGAGCUGUCCUUCCAUCUGCAAAUAAAUGUACCAGCCAAAGUGGUGGAUCUCAAGGAAAACAGCAGUGCCAGCAGCGGGGAGCAGACUGUAACAUGCUCUGCUGAAGGGAUGCCCCAGCCAGAGAUCAGUUGGUCCACUUGCAGCAACAUCAAAUGGUGUGGCAACCAGGGGCAGCCCACCCAGCUGCUGGGGAACAACUCUGCAGAGAUCGGCCUGCACACCAACGCCACGUACCAUGCAGAGCUGCAGGUGUACCGCGUGAACAGCACCCUGCAGCUGCACAGGGUGGAUGAACCCCUGCUCCUGAGAUGCACUGUGCAAAACUUCCUGGGCUCCAACUCCCAAGACAUCACUCUGGUCCCAAAUGCCUUGCCGUUCAAAGUGGUCAUCAUCUCCGUCAUCCUGGCUCUGCUGGUCCUCACUGUCAUCUCCCUGAUCAUCUUGAUCGUCCUGUGGCAGAAGAAACCUCGCUAUGAAAUCCGCUGGAAGGUGAUCGAGUCAGUGAGCUCUGAUGGGCACGAGUACAUCUAUGUGGAUCCCAUGCAGCUCCCUUAUGACUCCAGCUGGGAGGUGCCCAGGGACAAGCUGGUGUUAGGACGCACUCUUGGCUCCGGUGCCUUUGGACGUGUGGUGGAGGCAACGGCACAUGGCCUGAGCCAUUCACAGUCCACCAUGAAAGUUGCAGUCAAGAUGCUCAAGUCCACUGCCCGGAGCAGUGAGAAGCAAGCCCUCAUGUCUGAGCUGAAGAUCAUGAGCCACCUGGGACCUCACCUCAACAUUGUCAACUUGCUGGGGGCCUGCACCAAAGGAGGGCCCAUCUAUAUCAUCACCGAGUACUGCCGUUACGGGGACCUGGUGGACUACCUGCACCGCAACAAGCACACCUUCCUGCAGUCCUAUGGCGAGAAGGCCCGCCGGGAGGCAGAGCUGUAUGGGAACACCAUCAAGGAGGACCAUGUGCAGAGUCACCUUUCCUUGUCUGUUGAGAGUGAUGGGGGCUAUAUGGACAUGAGCAAGGAUGAGUCUCUGGAUUAUGUGCCCAUGUCUGACAUGAAGGGUGAAGUCAAGUACGCUGACAUCGAGUCCUCUAACUACGGCACCCCAUACGAGCUGGACAGCUAUUCCCCAUCAGCUCCUGAAAGAACAGACCGGGCGACACUGAUAAAUGAAUCUCCACUCCUCAGCUACAUGGACUUGGUGGGCUUCAGCUUCCAAGUGGCCAAUGGGAUGGAAUUCCUGGCUUCUAAAAAUUGUGUGCAUCGUGACCUGGCUGCCAGGAACGUCCUUAUCUGCGAGGGAAAGCUGGUGAAGAUCUGUGACUUUGGUCUGGCAAGAGACAUCAUGAGGGAUUCCAACUACAUUUCCAAAGGAAGUACUUUCUUGCCCCUUAAGUGGAUGGCUCCUGAGAGCAUCUUCAACAACCUCUACACCACCUUAAGUGAUGUGUGGUCCUUUGGGAUUCUUCUCUGGGAAAUAUUCACUCUAGGAGGGACUCCCUACCCUGAACUGCCUAUGAAUGAACAGUUCUACAAUGCCAUCAAACGUGGCUAUCGGAUGUCCAAACCCACCCAUGCUUCUGAUGAAAUCUAUGAUAUUAUGCAGAAGUGCUGGGAGGAGAAGUUUGAGAUCAGACCAUCCUUCUCACAGCUGGUGGUGCUUAUGGGAAACCUCUUGGUGGAUUGCUACAGAAAGAGGUACCAGCAGGUGGAUGAAGAGUUCAUGAAGAGCGACCACCCCGCUGUUGUACGCACAAGACCCACCAUCCCUGGGCUGAACAACGCCAGGCUCCCUCCCAGCUCCCCAACCCUCUACACGGCUGUGCACCAGAACGGGGGAGAGAAUGACUACAUCAUCCCUCUUCCUGACCCCAAGCCUGAGGCAGUCUGUGACCUCCCUCAGGAGGCCUCCAUCAGCCGUGCCAGCUCUAUGCUGAAUGAAGCCAACACAUCAUCUACAAUAUCCUGUGACAGCCCUCUGGGCCCCCAGCAGGACGAGGAGCCGGAAUGUGACCUGCAGCUGGGCUGCCAGGAGCUGGCCCCAGGGCACCACGAGGUGGAGGAGAGCUUCCUGUAGGCAGAGCUGGGCUGAUGGCAUCUCCCCACAGCAAGGUCAGGUGUGGGGCUGAGCCGGGCAUUGCAGAGAACGCUUUGGGCUUGUCCCGGUAUUCCUCCCUCUCUCCCAUCUGCCAGAGUCAGGUGGGGAAUCAGAGACAUUUCCCCCCCUGCCAUCCCCUUCCCUCCUCACAAAGAGGUGGCUCAGUGCCCAGCAUCUUCCAGAUCACUGCCACAUCCUCUUCAGCGAUCAAACCGCUGUGGGAAGGAGACAUCUCACAGACCAACAUCUUCUUCUGAAGUGGAAGGUGUGGGUUAAAUCUGUACAAGAGACACCACUUUCCAUGUGCUAAGAUGCUCCAGCCUCUUCCCCUUCCACACUCUGUAGAUGGCAAUGAGUUCCAGCUCCUCUGCACCAGCACUUCCCUGAUGGUCUCAGCACCAACCACACCGUGGUUCUGCGAAAUGCCACCAGGACAGUUUCCUUGGAAUCCCAUUGCUGGGGGGUAGAGAAACUGCAAUACCCAACUCUAGCUGUUGGGUGGAUUCUCCUCCAAGCACAGCCAAGGCCUGGAAAGACGAGCCAGUGUCUCACAGAUACUGAAUCACUUUUUUCCUAUCCUGACUCUCCAGAGGACAGAGCAUCACAAGCUCUACAGGUACCCGUGGCUCUGGGGCACAGCUCUGCCCUCCUACCCAGAGCCAUCCUGUGCCCAGCCAGGAGUCCCAGGGGCCGGGAACACAAAAUGCUCUCACAGUGACUCUGCUGUAGUAGCAAAGAGGGCAGUCCAGUGUUGUUGUUGUCUGCGUGGGCACUAAGCUAAUUAUUCUGCCGUGAUGAUUUAAAGGGAACAAAUAUAUUAAUCCACUAGCCAGGGCCAGUAUAAGGAAGCAAUAUAGCUACUCAUUAAUCUUCUACUGCCACUAAGCCCAGAUCAUUUGCUGGGAAAUCAUAUAACCCUUAUGGCUGCAAAACUUUUAUGUCUUGUCUUUGGAAAAUAAGGGCUCCCUCGUGAAAGACUGUUCACCUGAACACCAUUUUCUCAGGAUGGUGGGUCCUUCCCGAGUCAUAGCAAGACGAGAGGGAGCAAUAAGAAUGCCAGAACACCAGCCCAGGGACAUCUCAGAAGAUAGAAAGGCGGAGAGCCUGGGACGCUGUUUGCCAUGACACCUUGUAACCUUCUGGGGACUGGGCACAGCCACUCAGCCUUGCAGGGCUAGAAAAGCUAGACCCCAAAACUACAGCUCUGACACCACAGAAAUUGGCAAUUGUUUUUUUUUUUCUAAAAGGAGAAGUUUCACCUUGCAGAGCUCUGCAGCGUGUCCCCCACUCCCAUUAACCCUUGUGCUGCCCUAUUCAUGCACAUUUCUCUGUGCAUCCCACAAAUUCUGCACAGGCAAAUUUGAAAAUUCAAUCUGCAUCUUUUGGGUUUCAGCCACCUCAAAGCCACUGAAUUUUUUCAUUUAAUCUGAUAUUUCUGCAAAAAAAAAAAAAAAGAAAUCAGCAAAACAGCUUCUGUCUUAUGUCAUCAUUGAAAUGCUGCCAUUUGUGCAAUUAAAAGAGGAGUAGAUAUUUUGUAGGUAAAAUGUGAACCUAAGGAAAAGCAUUUUUAUUGGCAGCUGGUGGAGUAUUUUGGUCCUUGUGGUCAGAUUCCCCAUCCUCUGUGGGAAACACACUGUGAAUGACAACUGUUAUUCCAUACUAGAUUCUCCUGAUUGUAAUGAAGGAGCCAUCUUCGGUGGUUCCAGAAAUGAUCCUAACUGUGGAGAAGUGAUGAUUUCUGAGAUCCUUGGGGUCAGACCACUGUAUUUUUCUAACAUGCAAGGUGCUUGGUAAGAUGUAUGUCACUGCAACUUGAGCCCAUAGGAUGGCACAUCUGAUCACUCCUGUCCACACCACCUCCCUUUUUAGUUUGUCUUUCUCUGCCAAGUGUGACCAGAAGUAUCCAGUACUCCAGGUUGGGUCAAGUCUAGACCUCACACAGGGCAUUAAUACCUUCUGGUCUGUCCUGGAUUUGUCUUGCCUGGUGUUGCUUUGGAUAAUGCUGCCCUUUUCCAAGCCACAACACAGCGAUAAUUUGGAGUCAUCCCCUAACCAACCUUAACACCUACAUCUUUCUACUCUUCCAGUAUUUCUAACCAAAAUACUCCCUGCAGUUCCAGACGUUGGGUCAUCAGCACAUUUCAUUAACAAACUGUUAUUUUUGGGCUGGAUCAACUAAUAAAAAUAUUAAAUACUUCAGGCAUCAAGAGCAACCCUAGAGAGCUACUUUUACUACCUCCAUCCAGCCCAAAGAUUUUCCUCUCAAUAAAACCCUUCUCACCUUUGGCCAUUUGCUUUAUUUCACAAAACCUGUGCUAAGCUCCAUCUUGUACAGAUGAAUUACUAAUUUCCCACUAUUAAACACUACAUUCCACAGUCCUGAGAGAGAACAUCUAUUUCUUGUUCCUGAUGGGGAAUCUCAGGUAACCUGUCCUAUUAGCUGGGCAUUAGCUACACUUGGAUGCCUAUUGCAUUUUAUCCCAUGUACAUUCAUUUUAAUUAUUCUUAACAUUAAAACCUGUUCUGGCUGUUUAAGGGAUCAGAUUUGUCAGCAAAACCCACCUCCCUCUUCUUUCUUAAGUCAGGUACGCCACAAUGGUACCAUUCCCCUCUCUAGUGAGGUAUGACCAAAUAGUUGCCAUUGGCCCUGUGAUGCCAAGGGCCAGCUCUUGCACUUUGUGGUACUUUCCCAUCCUAUUCUAUUCCCACCACCCUACCAAUGUAGUUCGCAAAGCAAGCCUCCAGCCUGAGCUGGGAAAUCUCUCCUCAAAGAUGGCUUAAGAAGGGUGAGCUCACCCCAAGUGGGGACCUGCCUCCAGCCCCCAUUCCCUCUCUCUGCUGCCAACACUCCAGUCCUGGCAUGACCCAGGGGAACAGGGCCAGCAGAAAUGUUGGCUGUUCUGAGCCCAGCCGUUUUGCAGCCAUGAUUUCUCUGGUGAGAUUCUGAAGGGAACCAGUCCCUCCGGUUUUUACUUUUGACCAUCAGUAAUUUUGUUUGGAUGUGUUUUCGUGUUUAGAGGUGGACCCAAACUUGCUUGCCCUCCCCGAGGGAGACAUGCCACAGCUUGGGCCCAUCUCUAGUGCAAUAUCUUUUAUUUGUAGAUUAUAUUUUACUCUGCAGCUGUCAAUUGUUAUCAGUACCAGUAUACGCAUAAUCCUACUGCCAGUCACUAUUUCAUACAUACCUAAGUGUAUCCCAGAAACUAAUGCAACACUCCAGAGUCUCUUUUUGUGUUUAAGAUGCUUCUCAGACUGACAUGUGCACAGGUUCUAAGUCUUUUGUCCUUCUCGGUUUGAGCGUGUUACUAUUUUUUUUUAAGUGAGAGUGUCACGUUUAGUGUUUGUUUGUGUUGUGUUAAGAAUCCUAGAGCACAGCGGACUUUAAUGGAACUCAGUUGUCUCUGUUCACCUGUCAAUGGGACUGUGGUGGAGCCCCAUAGCGUGGGAGGCAGAAGUGCAGUGCAGACAUACAGCCAGGGGAAGUGGGCCAGAAGGGAGAAAUGGCUCUUCCCCUUCUUCCCAGCCAGGGCUUGGGGCUGGGGUGGGCAGCACCACAGGCACAGGGCUCUGGGUUUGGGCUGUAGGAAAGCUUGAGAUCUGUCUGUGUAAAGCUGGGCAGAUCUGAAGAAGGGGAUUCACGCUGUCACUCCGCAGCAUCUCUGAACUGCACAGCACCUGCCUCCACACCAUCUGCCAGAAACCACCCUGAGGGCAAGGGAAAAAAACAGAGUUCAGACUAAGGUACCAAAGAGUUAACAUUUUCCUAGGUUUACAGAUGUAUUUGUAGGACUUGUACUAUGUCACAUCUAUAGCCAUGAGAUAUUAUUUUUAUGCUGUAAACUUUUACAAAUCAUUUUUAAAGAAAGAGUUUAAAAAUAAAGGUGUUUUUCUUUUU